AUGAGUUUCUGCACCGCCAUGCAGCGCCCGGUGACAUCAUCCGCCACGCUUCUCCGAUGGGUGAAGCCCUCGGCCGGCCAACACUACACUCAGUCGCUGCGCUGCUUCUCCUCCAGUGGAAACGCCUACAUGUCUUCCAAGCGUGAUAUGCAAACGGCCACUGCAUACCGCCCUCACACACUCCCUUCGUCUUUCCCGAUGCCCCGUGGCAGCGGCGGCUUCGAUACCUCGAUUACCGCCGACUUCCCCCUCUCCGGAGAAUCAUCCAAGACCAUCUCAAACACACAGUCCUCGACUAUUUCCCUACGAGAAGGCGAGGCUCAGAAGCCCAAGACAGCCACGACCUCGACCACCUCGACCGCUGCUCCGAAGACUUCCCCGAAGCCCCGUCGGCCAUUGCGGGCACGCAAGGCGGCGAUGAAGUUGACACCGCUGGCCACUGAGCAACUUCGCAAUUUGAUGUCACAGCCCGAUCCCAAGUUUAUCCGGGUCGGAGUCAAGAACCGCGGCUGCUCCGGUUUGGCGUACCACCUCGAGUACGUGGAGAAGCCGGGCAAGUUCGAUGAAAUCGUCGAGCAGGACGGUGUGAAGGUUUUGAUCGACAGCAAGGCUCUGUUCAGUAUCAUUGGCAGUGAAAUGGACUGGCAUGAGGAUCCGCUGAGCAGACGCUUCGUUUUCCGCAACCCCAAUAUCAAGGAAGAAUGCGGUUGCGGUGAAUCGUUCAUGGUUUAA